ACUUUCUCGCGUUAGUCGUUCGGUUAGUACGCUAGCACGUUGAUUUGCGCGGAGGUAGUACGUCGAAGGACGGCGCAGGGUUAUCGGGAGAACGGCCACUGAGGGCGCGGCGUUCUCACUAUCGUUACGCCCGGCUCCAACGGAAUAACCAAUCGGAGCCGCGGCAACGCCGCCAUUCUAUCGAGUUCGUGGCACGCCCUACAACUUCCUCCAUUGUCCUUCUUUCCGGGAUACUCUGCGAGGAAGGAUGGCUCAGAACAAUUAUUUUGGGUUUACUCACGGCGGAACGCAAUAUGGGGCAACCAGCGCUGCCGCUUAUCAAACCGGCCAAGCGGGAUACGCAGUAACGCCAGCGGCAACCGCCGCUACGUAUACUCAACGCCCGGCUGCCGCGGCGGCUACAGGCUACGAGACUUAUCAAGCAGCUGCAGCUGCAGCAGCUACAGGCACUACUUACGCAGCUGCAAAUCCUGGAACCGUAGCUCAGACAUACGAUUACGGUUACGGCAGAGCUGCUCCCGCAGCUACUUACGACGCCACUAAAACUUAUUAUCAACAACCUGCUGCUGCAGCUGCUACUUAUACCACUACAGAAACACACUAUCAAGCUGCAAAGCCUGCAUACAGUACGACAAGUGCCUACACAGGCACCGCGAGACAAGCUACUACCACAGGACAAGCUAAAACUUAUCAAGCGUCGAGCACAGCUUAUCAACAGUCUAAUCCCACACAAAGUGCUACAUAUUCUUCAGGGUAUACAGCUCCAGCUACUCCAGCGGCUACACCAUCCACUGCGACGAAUAAAACGGCGAGUACAACGUAUUCCGGCUACGACGCAGCGCUUUAUAGCGCUGCGACUAUGUAUGUAGCCCAACAGAGUGCAAACAGCAAUUCGACUAACCAGAAGACUGGAGGUUGGCAGGGCUACGGACGGAAGGGAUUCGGAACUGGAGGGGGAGGGAUGAAGGCAAUGCGGCCAAAGCAGCCUCCCAAGCCUCAGCAACUUCACUAUUGCGAUGUCUGUAAGAUCAGCUGUGCUGGACCUCAAACCUACCGAGAACAUUUGGAAGGACAAAAGCACAAGAAGAAGGAAGCUUCCUUAAAAGUACCUCAACAACCUCCAGCGCGUGGAGCAGGAAAUAGUCUACGUUGCGAAUUGUGCGAUGUUACCUGUACGGGCAAUGAUGCAUACGCGGCCCACAUCAGAGGUGCCAAACAUCAGAAGGUAGUGAAAUUACAUACAAAACUUGGAAAACCAAUCCCAAGUGCCGAUCCUACUGUUUUGAAUCCAAAACCUACAGCAGCGACAAAAACUGCAGGAACUAAGAAGCCUACGGUGACUGCAACUCCUAAAAUUAAUUUCGUUGCCUCUGGCAAUUUAGGUACUGUUAAUCAAAAUCAAACGACUGAAAUAAAAACGGAAGAAGCAGUUACGGAAGAAACUGUUGAAGAAGCAGCUGUAGAUGAAAAAGAUAUUCAACCAGUCGGUCAAGAAUAUAUCGAAGAGAAUAAGUCUGAAGACGGAAAGAUAAUAAGCUUUAACUGCAAACUUUGCGAAUGUCGCUUUAACGAUCCUAAUGCCAAAGAUAUGCACAUGAAGGGAAGGCGCCAUCGAUUUGCUUAUAAGAAGAAGGUUAAUCCUGACCUUGUCGUCGAUAUGAAGCCGAGUUUAAAGCAAAGAAAAAUGUUAGAGGAGAAACUUAGACGACAACAGAUGCGAGAUGAAUAUUUACGACGUAGAGAAGAAAUUAAUCAAUUGGGUCCAAUGGGACCAAUGAUGGACGAAGAAAUGAUAUAUUGGGAAGAACGUCGUCGGUACGAAGAAGAAUGUGAAUAUUACGAAUGGUAUAGACGUUAUGGACGUGGACCAGGUGCUCCUCCAAUUCCAAGACCCUUUCCUGGUCCACCGCCAUUAAUGAUGUUCCCUGGACCACAGAGACGACCAGAUUCGUCCGACGAUAAACAUGUAUUAGCUCAUCAUACAACUAUAUAUCCUAAGGAACAAGAACUGCUGGCAGUUCAAAAGAUUGUUUCGCAUACGGAGAAGGCUUUGAAGUUUGUGUCUGACGCGUUGGCAGAAGCUGGUAAAAAAACGACUACUCCGGUUACUACUACGACUGCUACUCCUACGACUCCGGCACCUGCUAAUACGCAAGUAAUUUCUCCGGAUGCUAUAAAAAAGGAGGAUGGAGAUAAGAAGAAAAUGACGCAACCACAAAAAGAGGAUGGUAGCGAUGGGAACCUUUUUUCAUUCCAAAAGGAGAAAGAAGAUUCGAGAAUAUUACGAGGUGUUAUGCGUGUUGGAAACCUAGCUAAGGGACUGUUGUUGUCAGGUGACAAUCACGUAUGUCUUGUUGUGUUGUGUGCUGAAAAACCUACAAGGACAUUGUUGAACAAGGUCGCAGAAAUUUUACCGGCUCAAUUAAAAAUCGUUGCUCCAGAAGAUACUUACAACGUUGGGAAGCAUCCAGAGUCUGCUGCUCUUACUGUUUCUGGAGGUUCAGUAACAGUCAGUGUAACGCUCACCAGUCCUCUCAUGCGCGAAACGCCUAAAACAGUGGCAACAGCAGAUAAUGCUGGACAGCAGCAACAGGGAGCUGCUCAACCGCAAACCACGCCCGCGACGCCCGCCGUGACGAAACCAGAUCCACCAGAUGUACUUCCCAAGGCUAAGUGUUUGGAGGCUUUAGCUGCACUCAGGCAUGCCAAGUGGUUUCAGGCUAGAGCAACUUCACUGCAGAGCUGUGUAAUGGUCAUUCGCAUAAUGCGCGAUCUUUGUAAUCGUGUACCUACGUGGGGACCUUUGAAUCCAUGGGCACUAGAGUUAUUGACUGAAAAAGUUAUAAGCACGGCUGGAGGACCUCUCAGUCCAGGCGAAGCCUUACGGAGACUUUUGGAAUGUGUAGCUGGAGGGAUAUUACUACCAGGAAGUCCAGGAUUAUCUGAUCCAUGUGAGAAAGAACCGGUAGAUGCGAUAGGUAAUAUGUCGGCUCAACAGAGGGAAGACAUAACAGCUUCGGCGCAGCAUGCACUACGAUUAGUUGCAUUCCGCCAAAUUCAUAAGGUUCUUGGUAUGGAACAACUACCACCACCAAAAUAUAAGGGUAGAUUUGCAAGAAAACGAAGACGAGACAAUAGUAACGGGGAAGGAACGGACAGUGAAGCUUCAAAAAAGGACAAAAAAGCUGAGGAGAUCAAAAUGGAGACUGACUCCAAAUAGAUCUACCAAAACACAUUCGCUUUAUGAAUUUACCCAUAACUUAUAUAAUGUAAGAAAACUUUCCCUCGUGUCAAUUGCUUGUUUAAAAAGAUAUAUUUAUGAAUUAGGAAUGAGACACAUACGAAUAGAAAAUGAAACUUGUAACUGUUGCUAGAACGUAUUUGUUGACUACAACAAAAACAAAAUAAUAAUAAUAAUAACAAUAACAACAGGCAAACGUAUUUUGACAUUACACGAUACAAUUACAUAUAUUAAUAUUUCUUGAACAAUGGCGAUCAUAUUUUCAGAUACAUUGAAAUCUUCCAUCACGACUUGUUUUAUCUUGUUAUGUAUUAAGUAGUUUUACUCGACUAGGUAAUUGUUUGUUUACAAUUAUCACAUGAUUUUUAACUUCAAAAAGACGUAAUAGUUCUUUUUGAUCAGCUAGUUCAAUUCACAUUGUAUAUUUUAUUAUAUCUUGAAUGAUAGUGUUCUUUUGAAGUACGGGUUAUUUCUUUCUCUUGAUGUCUCUAGUAUUCAUUAUAGGUUUUGUUUUCUUUUCUUCGUUAGCUAUUUUAAGUUCUAAGUGUGAACUUUGUAAGCAGCCAUCUUUUUUUUUUAUUUUAUUUAUUUUUUUUUUAAUUCAAUAAGGUUGCCUAUCUCGAUAGAGACAUGUUCACGUUUGUAAUGUGCGACCAUGACCUUCGUAUAUAUCAAAUAAGAUACAAUUUAUUCUCUACGAAACAUCUCCACGAUUAUAGGAUUAUUAUUGAUCUUUCCCAAACAGGCAAUUGGUACGAUUAGCGCCAGUACUAGGUUUUUGUCGAAGGAAAUGAUGGAUGCAUUAGUUUUGAAUACAUAUUAGCUAUGUUUCAAAGUCACAUAGUGUAUGAUGCAAAAAGUUUAAUGUGAAGCAAAAAAAAAAAAGAAAGGAAACGGAGAACGAAAAAAAAGAAAAGAAGAAAUUGAAAUUAAGUGAGAAAUGAAGAUGAACAUUUCUAAGUUUGAUGAUGGUUAAGUGUAGGAAUAGGAUAUGCAAAGAUUUUGUGUGUAUGUUGUGUGUGUAGUCGUACAUAAGUGCAGAACAUUCGGCUGCACCGAUCACUUAUUAGCAGAAGUGCAUACGCCUAUACCGCGUACAUUGACUUACGCAGAAGAUUCCAAGAAUAUAUUUACACAGGUCUAUGGUUAAAAUAGAUUAUCUGGCGUACCACGAACGCGUAUAAAAAAAUUUUCAAUGAACAUUUUGUAGUUCUAUUCAAAAUCUUUUCUUACCGUUUAUUAUCAGAGAAAAUUAAAAAUAUUAUUUUACAGAAAUAAUAUAUUCUUUACCAAUAGUGUAUGGGUCUUCUGUUGUACUUUGAAGUCGUCAUUGAAUAAAUCAACAUACAUGAUACAUGAAUAUAAAAGCUUUCCUUCACUUCUCCACGUACCUAUUAUAUGUGUUUAGAAAUAAUUUUUCAUUAUAUAUUUCGAUAAUUAAAAUAUUCUUUUCAAACGCAUCGCUAUUGCACAUUUAUAUAUAUAUGUAUGUAUAUGAUAUAUAUAUAUAUAUAUAUGAAUGAAUGAAUUAGUGAGGCCACACACACAAUAGCACAGCAGACGUAUGCAGUUUAAGAUAACAAAGGAUUUAUGAUUAAAGUGAAAAAUUUGACUUAUAUUUGACAAUCUGGUAAAUGAUGCAAAAUUGUGACGAAGAUAAAAAUUUUAUCUUUAGAUGAUGUUUUCAAUUAGAAAAUAUAAUAUGGGAUGAGAAAAUAGAGCAAACAUUUCUUGUAUAUACAUAUAUAUAUAUAUAUAUACAUAUAUAUAUAUAAAUAUACUUAGAACUUAUAAACAUUCAGAAGGAUUUAUCUUGAAGGUUUACAUGAAGAAAGAGCAUUUGUCAAUCAACUGUUUUUCCUUAUUAAGAUUUUAUUUUGUUCUUCGGUAUGUCUGUUUAACGAAUUUAAUUGUGUAUAUGUGUUUCAAAACGACACCAAAAUGAACAUGGCACUAUCAUUUCCUAAUUUACAGUAUUAAAAUUUUAAACUUAUUUGUACAUAACCAAUGUUAGUAUCUUUUUUUUUUGCUAAUGUAUUAUCAUCCCAAUAAUAGGAUUGUCAAAUACUUCACUGUGAUGUGACAUAAGAUAAACCAUUGUUUAUCAUGUAUUUCUGUGGAUCACUUAAAUUUUGUACAUAUGCGUUGGAUAAAAAGAGUAACAAGAAAAGGAAAAAGAAAAAAGUUAUAAAUUUAAAUGGUAAGCUUAAGCUCUCUUAGAAAAACGAAGCAAUACAUUCAAAUCGUCAAUCUAUUUAAUCGUAUUACGAUAUAUGAGUAAGAACAAUUUAAUAUUUGCUUUGUUUCUAUUUGAUAGCAAUUUUCAUUUGCAUAUUUCUAUGAAGAAUACGAUUUUUAAUCGCUUCUUUCUGAUUUUUAAAAAUUAUAUUGGGAAAUGAAUCCCACGCUCUAACAAAAUUUAAGUUAGGUACACCAAAAGAACUGAUAAUAACGAAUAUAUUUCUCUUCUCCUUCCUUCUCAUACAGAACACACAACAACAUACAAACAAACAUAGUACAUAGAAAAAAGGGAAAUAAUUCGAGUAUUUACAUGCAAACUUUUUAUAAUUCUCAUAAUAUCUCGAUAAUUCACUUCACAACAUACUUGUGUUUAUUUGUACUUAAUUGUUAAGUAUUCUCAAAAAUUGUACAGUAUUUAGUUCCUCUUUUUUUACCUGACAUAUGCUAAUAUAUGUGGAUUUUAACGAGAAAUUCUUUACGUCUGAUGUAGUUAUGUAAUCGUACACUACGUUUCAAAUCAUUUUUUCGUUUGUAGUUUGUUACAUUACCUAUUAUUCCUGUCGAAUUUGUGAUUUAUUCUCAUUUAAUUUUAAUAAUACAUGUGAAUAACAAAGUGAGACCAAAAGUAUUUGUCCAAUUAUCUAAGGAAAGUUUGAAAUAAUAAUUUCUCAAUAGACAAAAUAACAAUAUAAUUAAUGUUUCAUAAAUUCCAAAUAAUAUUUUAGGUAAGUAUACAAUUAUUUUAAAUAUAUUAUUAUUUAGUAGAAAUUUUUACCAGGUUUUCAAAUAAUAUUUUUGAAAAAUUUCAAUCGAAUUUAUAAUUAAUAAAGAAAUAUUUAAUAAAAAAGAAAAGGAAUAUAUUUAACAUAUAAAUAUUUAACAUACUGUUGAAGUUAUUCUUAUCGUUAAUAUCACAAGAUAAAUUGAGUUAUAUAUAUAUACAUAUAUAUAUAUAUAUGUAUAUAUUUGUGUGUCUAUAUAUAUAUUUGAGUUAUUUUUAAUAUCAAAAGUAUAAAGAAAAAUUAUCUCUGAUAUGAAAAAGAUAUCAUAUCUCUGCAGAUAUGACCGUAGAUAUAAAUCUUUUUUAAUAUAUAAAAUUUUUAAUUAAACGAAAUAAGAUUUCAUUAAAAUAUUGGUUGUUGUUUUGAAAUGCAGUAUGAAAAAAAUAUCAGUAAACGAAAUGUUGCAUCAUAUUUAUGACUAUUGCGAUAUGGCAUGACUUAGCAAAGUUAAUACUAAUAGAUAUUAUCUAUUGUAUUCAUAAUGCUUCUAUAAAUAUCAAUUUUUUCCCUGGUAAUACUAGAAAAUGAUAAACGACUUAUCUGGAAUGAGUCGCAACUUUUGUUUAUGUAUUUCUUCAUAAAUAUUACAAUGAAUUUUGCUGUAGAAUUAAAUAAUAAGGAAAUCAUGUUUUUCUUUAAUUUUUACCAUGUAAAAAGAAAAAAAUAAAAAGAUAUCAAGACGAAGUUAAGAA